AUGUCCAGCCUCCUUGAGCCAGCGAUCAUUGAAAAAGGCCUGACGUUGCGAAAUCGAGUCGCUAUGGCCUCAAUGACUCGAAACCGAUGUGUUGACUCUUUCAAACCUGGUCCAGCUCAAGUUAGGUAUUAUGCCGAUAGAGCUCGAGAUGGUCCUGGCAUCAUUGUGAGCGAAGGCAUCUUCGUCGACUGGGCCGGCACAGACUGGAAGCAUGCGCCUGUCAUGGCCUCCAAUGAACAUGCCCAAGCGUGGCGUGCAGUUGUCGAUGCCGUCCACAACGAAGGAGCAUACAUGUUCUUUCAGGCAUGGCACGCAGGGCGAUGCCAGAAUGACCAGAUGCCUAUAAUGAAAAGUACAGGCCGCCCUGUGCUUGCACCAUCUUCUGUCCCCGCUGAGGAUGGUAAAUACCACGACUUACCUGGCAUUCCCGGUCACACCAAGAAUGCAAAGGCUAUCGAGAACCCCCGAGAUGUUAUUGAAACGUAUCGACGGUCGAUUUUGCUAGCCAAAAUGGCUGGCUUCGACGGCGUUGAGCUUCUCUGUCAAGGCGGCUACCUGCCACACCAGUUCAUGAAUUCGCGCGCCAACAAACGAACUGACGCCUAUGGUGGCUCUGUAGAGAACCGUUGUCGCUUCACGUUGGAACUAGUCGACGCCAUCAGCAAAGAAUUUGGUGGACCUGAAUUCAUUUGCGUCAAAAUUAGCCCUACCGACGUCCUCAACGACUCGGUUGUCACGUUCGACGAAAUGCAGGAGACGUACACCUAUUUGAUCAAAGAAUUGGUUGGGCGAAAAGUGGGCAUCAUAAAUAUCUGUCGACGCGGCGCCAACAUUGGUGCUGAAUCUGCUAACCCUGAGGGUUAUUUGAGUUAUUUUCCGCGACCAGAAGGAUAUCCAUUGCCGUCAAAUUAUGAUCCGGUCCUGGAUUUUGGCGGUUUGGUCAAGUGUCCAGGCAGCGCUUCCACGCUUAUGGCUAACCAGGACUAUGAUGUUGAAGAAGCUAACCGGCUGGUCAAAGAGGGCAAAAUCGAUCUGGUUAUGAUCGGAAGACCGUUCAUUUACAACCCAGACGUAGUCAACCGCAUCAACAAGGGAGUUUCGUUCGCAAAGAACGAUCGAGGGCAUUCUGUUUAUUAUGGGCCAUACCUUGAGCCAGAUGAGAACUAUAAUGAUUGGCCCGUCGCUGCUGCCUGA